CCCUAACUUUUCCCUUCCCCUUUCCUUUCUUCUUUAAUUCUUCUUCUUCGUCCCGGAUUGCCAUCCCCUCCUCCCGGUAACGAACACCAUUACUAGGGUUUCGAGGUUCCCUCAACACGCAAGAGAGAGAAAGAGAGAGAGAGGACGAGGCCAUGGCGGGGGAGGAGGAGAGGAGGAAGCGGGUGGAAUCGCUGGGGUGGCUAACGGAGUCGGCGGUGAUGCCGAAGAAGCACAAGGCGAUCGAGGGCGUGGGCGCCUCUUCCAUCGUCGAGCUCAAGGCUCAGCUCUACCGCACCCAGGAGGAGGCGCGCAAGGCCAAGGACUCCUCCGCCGCCUCCGCCGACGAGUUCCACCGCGCCCGGAAGAAGCCCCUCCCCUCCGACCUAUUCUCCCAGAAGAACUCCGGCGUCGAGAGCCGCGCUCGAAGGGACAAGUUGGAGAUGAAGGCUAUUAAGGAUGGCUCAGUUAGUUAUGCAGCCUUGGAAAAGAAGGUGGAGAUUUAUGAGAAACUCGCAAGAGGCGAGCUCCCUGAUGAGGAAGAGAAGGAGAAGUAUUGUGUGGACUUCUUCCGCAAGGGUCUCGAGCAAGACGAACCUCAGCAGCCGGAAUUACAUGGCAAUACUAGUGAUGAUGUAGUAGAAAAUCAAGAUGGUGACACUGAUGAUUCAUUGCUAAAUUCCAAACUAUUUGGUCUUGGUCGUGCAAGUGCCAUAAUAGAUAAUGAUGAGCAUAAGCGCUUUGUGAGGGAAGUUCAUGAAGAGGCAAGCCAGGCAAGGGAGAAGGCGACAACUCUCCGAGCGCGUAGGCAAGAGCAGGAGGCCGCUCGCAGAGAGAAAUUGCGGCAGGCAUAUCUCAAAAAACAGCUCGACAAACUGAUCUCAUCAAAACAAACAGCUGCAAUUAGUAACAACAACAAACCGAUUGUUGAAACCGAAGGAGUCGGUCCAAAGUAAUUCGAAUGUAUAUAAUAUUUGUUUUUAUUUUUUUUUAAAUGUAGCGCCGUCGCAGUAGCGUUUCGCUAUUAGCUCUUUUAGCAUCUUUUGCCCAACGAAACGAAUUGUAUUUGGAGGGCAAGGCCUGUAGAUUAUCCUGAUUGUAGUCCCAAUUUUUGGUGUUCUUCGUACGGAAAGUUAAAGCGAAAAUUUUGUUAACUUUUCUGGAUGAAUGAGUGUAAGAACUUUGCCGUAGAAAACAAAAACUAGUUAUGUCGUUAUCGAUUUGUCGUAGAAAACAAGUUAUUUUUAUUUUUAUUUUUA